UAAAUGGCACUUUGAUAAAUUUGUGAAACCAAAAGUUCAGGAUGAACUUCAGAUGAAAAAUCAAACCCUUGAUCUGAAUAUGUGAACACAAUUUUAAUGAAACUAAAUCAUAACUAUUUCAUUGUGAAAACUUGGGAACUCCCUUGAAUGUAUAUUUUUUCCCAGGAACUUUCAGUCUUUUGCUCAACAAACAAACAAAAGAAAAAAACAAUUUCAGUUAAUGAGAACACAAAUAUACCACAUCCAAAUGCACGUGUGAGAAUGUAUAAGAAACUGGACAAAUUAUACACCACCACUGAGUUCAUGCAGAGACUUCGAAAUGAUUUAUGAAACUGUUAUACUACUUCCUCUGCAUAGCCGGAGGAGCGUGUCUGGACAAUUUAUCUCAAAAAUGUUCUUCUCAGGGCUACCUUUACCAAAUGUGACUGACAAUAGAUUAAAGUUAACACCAGACCUGCUUCAUUACAUAUUUCUAUGUACAGCUACGCAACCGUGUUACACCUGACAUUUAGUGAAGGCACAAUAAUAGUCAUAAAUGAAAUGUUGGACGUUUACAAGAUUGUAAAACAGGAUAAAGUAAAUCCAAAAGAUUACAUUUUGGCCUCCUGCAUGUUAAAGUGCCCUAAAAAUAGCAAUAAAUAGUACAUAGAUUUAUGUGCUGAUAGCAUUUGACUUAUUAUUCUGACUCGUGUUGCAUAAGAUUGAAUGUAGUACAUAAAAACACUGCCCUUAUGUUACACUCCCUUUUAAAUAUAUAAUGCAACAAAUAAGAGGUUUUGAAUAUUUCUGAUGUAUUUGUACUCCCCAGUCAAACAGAUGUUUUUGACAUUUCACCUUCAAAAUAAGAGAUAAUCCAGCAGUUUUUUUUUAGAGACAGGGUAUUUAUUAGUUUUUUGUGAAUUAUUAAUAGGUCUGAAAGAGAUGACAGACUUGAGUGGCUUUACAUGACUGCGUGGGCCUCUUUAAAAUCCUCUCAUAAAAUGUAGGCCAAGCGAGGGAAGACUGCUAACUUGCUCUUCAAUCUGUCACAAAGAACAAAAAGGAUGAUGUGAUUUAAGGUUUUAGACUAAAAUAAUUCACUAUAUACUGUACAUAUAUAUAUAUAUAUAUAUAUAUAUAUAUAUAUAUAUAUAAUUAUUAUUUUAUUUUUUAUUAUUUAUUGCUAGAUAAAAAAGCUCAUUUCGAUGGCUUGUGCUUUUCCUUUUUUGCUGUGUCUAUAAUUUAAAAUCUUUUGUCGUGGAUGGAGGGAGGGAGGGAAGUACUGCAGCAGUAGCACAUGCAAAUAAACCUUUAUGUGCUUGUGUUUGAAAUCAACAUUAUGUGUUUGUUAAGGAGUUCAUGGGAGGAAUGCCAUGAAAAAACCUUUCCCUACCUUCACAUUCGUAAAUGUGUGUGUGUGUUUUUUUAGCAAACUUUUCUUGAACUUCUAUUUUGGAUGAGACCAAGAGUAGGCUUUUCAUAACAAAGGAUGUUUAUUGUUAAGUACAGCUAAGGAUCUGUGAUGCUGUGGGAUUGUUUCUUCCCCAGAGGCCUUAGGAACCUUGUUAAAGUGUAUGGCAUCCUGAGCAGCUUUAAAAAAUACAUUUUAAAUGAAGAUCUUGUGGCUCUAUCAGUCAUAUGAAAUUGGGAGUCAUUUUGGUCUUUCAGCAGGAUAAUGUUUAAAAUUAUUUGGCCAAACCAGAAAUGAUUCAUUAGACAGAAACCUUUUACCAUCCCCAUCUCAACCUACAGUCCUAAAUCCUAGAAGAGGUAGUCCUCGGCUGCCUGGGCGGCGGGGCUCUGCUUGUCGUCCGGCCGGGACAGGGAGUGUCCAUCCUCGUCUUCAUUAGCAUCAUUAAGGUUAAGCUUGAGCAAAUAUCUCUUCGUGAUGAUGCUCCAUUUAUCCUGACGUGGUUGCAAUGGACUGUUUCAGCCAUCAUUUGAAAUUGAAAAGGUCUCCAGUAAAUCUCAGGGCCACACAGAGACUCACAGGACAGGUCACACAAAGGCAAUGCAAAACACUCACACCUACGAGCAAUUUCGAAAAACCAAUUAAUUUAACGGUCAUUUUUUUGGACUGAGAGGAAACCUGGAAAGAACCCAUGAAUGCAUGGUGAGAAUAUUGCCUCAUUGCAUCAAGACCCCAGGAUUCAAGGCAACAGUGCUGCUGCCAAUUGUGUCACAGUGCAGUCUUGAGAAAUUUUUUAGAAAAAUAACCUUUUCUCACUUCAGGAGUUUUUCUUUGCUAACCAACUGCAUUUAAAUCAAUGGUAAGAUUUUUCAGAAAUCUUUAAUUCAGGUUGUUUCAACCAUCUUUACCGGUGUGGCGACGUGGAGUAUGUUAGUAGGACUCUUAGGAUGAUCAAGAAAAUUUUAAAUUAAAUUAUUUUAAUAAGUAAGUUUGUUUUUAAGUUGUUGUUUUUUUGUCGGGGGCUUUGACCUUUCACUGACGCAUCCUCCUGUUUAACAGUAUGAUGGAGAACAGGAACCUUUUGGUAUCUUCUCCCUUUUUAACUGCGCUAUGCUCCUAAAAUAUAUCACGGGAUUACUAUAGUUAAUUCCCAUAAUGAGACCGCUCCAUCUUCCAGAACAAGCCGGGAAAUCUUUAUGUAAACAUGGCAAGCAUCCACUGCGAACUGAGUCACAUCCAGGGCAGACUGCAGCCUGCAGACUGAGCAGGGCUGAAACGUGAUGGAGUAAUCACCAGAGCGGCACAAAAUAGGGGAUAAUGUCUGGUGGGUGGGGAGAGAAAAGAAGGAGAGAGCGAGAGAGAGGCUGCUGUGUGGAGGAGCCGAGGCAGUGGCCUAGAUGUGUGAAACGCCAGGGGUUGCUUUUUUUGGUUCACUGCUUGACUUCCAGGGGCAACUAUGAGUGUAAUAUGGAAGCUAUAAGCCAUAAAACUAAGAAAAGUUGUGCAAACAUGACUUUAACCGUUUUAGACGUCGGCCAAGCACGAGAGAUCAGUUUGUGCACAGAUGAACAUGGAGCAUGUGAAUGAAACACUCACACUGAAAGUAAAUAUAUCAUAUCCCCGGACAGGCAUCCAAACGAGCCUGAGCGACAAAGAUGUCCUUGGAGGCAGACAGCGACAGAGAUUCAUCAGGAGGCGCACAUGACAAACAUCCCCGGGCGGCGUUGGAGCGCAGCGGCUACGUGAAGACAUGUGUCACUCCGCUGCACCGGGACGAGCGGAGCCAGUCGUGGCUGAGACUCUCCGCGAUAUGGACUUGCAGAAGAGUGUCCUCUGCUGUCUGCGUCGCCUCCGUCUCCGCUCUCCUCGCUCUGCUGCUCAGAUUGGUCGAGUGGGAUGCAAGCAGCAGCAGCAGCGGAAAUAGUAGCUGCGUCGGCUCUCGUUUCCACUCAACGGCGGGCUGCACCGUGGAGCUGCUUCUCACUGCGUGUCACUGCGUCUUGCCUGUUUUUACACUCGUAAGUGCCUUCUUCUGGGUCUGGCUCUGCUUGAUUCGCUGCGGGCUGCUGAUCCGGAGCGCGCUCUUCCUGUUAGCGGUGUGCCACCUGGGCGAAGCCGCGGCGCAGUCGCUGCUGCGCGGCGCGGAGGAGUUGUCGUCCCUGACCGCAACCCUGGUAGUCCUCGGCUGCCUGGGCGGCGGGGCUCUGCUUGUCGUCCGGCCGGGACAGGGAGUGUCCAUCCUCGUCUUCAUUAGCGUCAUCAGGGCCGUGUCCCUUCUCUCUCUAAGCAGGGUCCGGGCCAGUUGGAGACCCUACCUGGCCUACCUGCUGGGGCUGCUGGGGGUUUUGCUUGCGAGGUAUGCUGACCGGCUUUUGCCGGCCUCAGGGACCAGCGGGACGGGGUGCUGUAGCUCUGUGACCGGGGCGAAGGAGGAGGACAUCCCUGUCUUCAAAAGGAGACGGAGGUCCAGCUCCAUAGCGGCCUCGGAGAUGAUGGCUCACAGUCAGAGCAACAGCAAGUCCCACCGCAGGACUUCACUGCCCUGCAUUCCGCGGGACCAGUCCUUGGGCACCAGCGUGGUGGUGGACAUCGCGGUGAUGGGAGAAGCCCAUGGUAUGAUCUCAGACCUGCUGGCCGACCCCUCCCUGCCUCCGAACACCUGCAGCUCUCUGAAAGCUGUCAGCAACCUCCUCAGCACCCAGAUCAACAUCCAGCCUCUCCAUCGGCCCCGCAUCCCCACAGAACCCCACGCCUGUUCCGACUCAGAGGAUGGGCCGGAAAGACCCGAGAGAUUGGCCAUUCCAAAGCGUCUCAGAAGGAGUCUGCCCCCAGGAUUGCUGAGAAGAAUUUCAUCCACCUGGACCACGACCACAUCAGCCACGGGGCUGCCCACCAUCGAGCCGGGCCCCGUACGGCGAGAUCGCUCAGCCAGCAUCAAACACACUGUGGACAGCGGUGAUUCCUGGAACAACCCAUUGAUGAUAACUAUCUCAAAGAGCCGCUCCAUGUCAGCCUCCUACACUGCCUCUGGCACUUCCAACCACCUCUACAGCAAACCACUGGGAAGACCAGGUUUCCCUCUCUCCAACGUAUCACCUCUGGGCUCGCCAUGUCCGUCUCCUCCUGUCCAGGGAACGCCCAUCUCCAGUCCGACGAUAAAAACGUGUUCAGUUCAGCUUCCUGAGCUGGCUAGGCCACUGACAGAGCAGGUUCCUGUGUCUGUUGCCCCCAAGAGCCAUCACACAGUCUUAACUCACAGCCAGAGUUUUCCAAGCUCCACCACCAUUCACUGGCGACCUCCAUCACUCUGCGGCAGCUGCGGCAGGCCGUUCAGCAAUCGACUUAUCAAUGGAGUAGAAUCAGGCAGUAAACAGGACAGAAUACCGCAUCCAGAUGAGCGCAUUGUAGCUUCCUCAGAUUACGACAGCACCUAUGACAGCACUUAUGAGACCAACCACAGUGACAGCAGCGACUUUGCACAAAACGACGACGAAGGAGAAGGAAGCAAGAAGCCUCCUGAAGUAAGGGGCGGCUGUAGGGAGUGUCCGCCGGAGUGCAUCGUUCUUCACACACUCCUACCAUCCCCAGAGGACAAGUCAGCAUCUGCCCCGGAGAGUCCAGUCAUGCCGGGUCUGGAACCCCUGAUGAGUCAGCUCAACAAUUGGAACUUCCCCAUUUUCAGCCUUGUGGAGAAGACUCAUGGCAAAACAGGCUGCAUCCUCAGCCAGGUGACCUAUCGGCUUUUUGAGGACACUGGCCUGUUUGAGACCUUCAAGAUUCCCAUUAAAGAGUUUAUGAACUACUUCCAUGCCUUGGAGAACGGCUACCGGGAUAUACCUUAUCACAACCGGAUCCAUGCGACUGAUGUGCUGCACGCCGUGUGGUACCUCACCACCCAGCCUGUGCCGGGCCUGCCCAUCCUGCCCACUGAGAACGGGAUUCACACUGACUCGGUGAACAACAUUACGUCUAGAGCGCCGGGCUUCCUGGUUUCCAAGAUGAGCUGUGUGUUGGAAGACGGCUACAGCUCCCUGUCUGGUCUAAUUCCAGCCCUGGAGCUCAUGGCCCUCUAUGUAGCUGCCGCCAUGCAUGACUACGACCACCCUGGAAGAACAAACGCCUUUCUGGUUGCCACAAGCGCACCACAGGCUCUUCUGUACAACGACAGGUCGGUGCUGGAAAACCAUCAUGCGGCUGCAGCGUGGAACCUCUUCAUGUCUCGACCAGAGUUCAACUUCCUGGUGAAUCUUGAACACGUGGAGUUCAAGCGAUUCCGCUUUCUUGUCAUUGAAGCAAUCCUGGCUACUGACCUCAAAAAGCACUUUGACUUCCUCGCUGAAUUUAAUGCAAAGGUGGGUGAUGAAGGAGUAUCUGGCAUUGACUGGACCAAUGAGAAUGACCGAUUACUGGUGUGCCAGAUGUGCAUCAAGCUAGCUGAUGUCAAUGGACCUUUGAAGAAUAAGGAGCUACAUCUGCAGUGGACAGAAGGGAUUGUCAAUGAGUUCUAUGAACAAGGUGAUGAAGAAGCAACUUUAGGCCUUCCUAUCAGCCCAUUCAUGAACCGGUCUGCCCCCCAACUCGCCAAACUACAGCAGUCAUUCAUCUCCCACAUAGUGGGACCACUGUGCUCCUCCUACGACUCUGCUGCUCUCAUGCCAGGGCGCUGGGUGGACCUGUCUGAAGAUGCGGUUCAGAUAGAUGUGGAAAAGGAAGAACAAGAUACAGAAGAGGAGGACACGGCGGAUGAGGAGGCGUCAACAGGUUCCGAUGGGUCCCAGCGACAAGAAGCCAAAAAGCUGCGCAGACGGAAGGUCUUUUGUCAGAUCACACAGCAUCUCCUGGAAAACCAUGAAAUGUGGAAACGUGUCAUUGCAGCCGAAGCAUCAGAGGAGACUCAAGAAGAGAAGGCCAACUGCUUAGACAAACCUGUAGAUUCAAUCACAGCAAUCCGCGAGGAGGAGGAAGAGCAGGAGCAGGCGAGCAAAGAGGAGGAGUCAGCCGACGACCUUGAUGAAGCAGAAGAGAUAGCGGCAGCGGAGGAAGAGGAAGUCCUUCCACAAUCAGAGACCUCAGGAGAAAAAGAGGACGUUCCAGAAUGAGAUUAUAAACUUGAACCUCCUCUUAAACCAGGAAUCUUGACCAUUGUUUGAAAACGUUUGUUUUUUUUUCCUAACCAAACUCUUUGUAUGGUAGCCAGCACAUCACUUUGACACAACACUGUAGAACAUGUUUUGGGUAAAAUGUGCCUAACAAAAUCAGGGUUGAGGACUGGGAUGACGCAUAGUCAGUACAUCUGAUGAGGAGAUCAGCAAAAGACAAAGAAAUAGUAGAAACAGAGUGGUGAUUGCGAAAAACAGACUUAAGUUUGUUUUUUUACUUUUCAAGCUUACUCUUUUUCUGGAGCCCUGCCCUCACCCAGGUUGUCCCUUGUGCACUAAUGGGCCACCAAAUGCUCUUCCUGCAUCUCCAAUUUUAUCAACACCCUGCGUAGCCAACACAGCUUGCUGAAGGUGUGCAGCAAGCCCUUUCUUCAGGACAAUGGGAUGAAAGUCAGGGAAAAGGCUGUCUGCAGUCAUGUGGAGUAAAGGAGACUGAAGAAAGAGCCAGUGGUAUUGUGUAAAAAUCAGAGGACCAUGCAAGUUUCACACAAUCACACUCACAUUCCACACUCCAAACAGAGAAGAAGUUUAAAAAAGAACCUUGUUGCUCCAAAAGCUUUAGUCUUUCUCAAGGAAAAUCUCAUGAAACAAAGUUUUAGCAUUCGGUUUCUCCCUGUUGUUUAUUUUUUUAUUUUUGCAAAUUUUUGGUCACUCGGUCCACACAGACACCAACGUGUUUUCAGGCUGAACAACUCAGGAAGGCAGAAUUAGAAUCACAAAAGGACUUCCAAUGUCCUUGUCCUUGUAUUUCUCUCUGCUUCUUCUUUCAUCUGUUUGCUUCUAUCUCCUUUAAAUACCCAGGAACGUUGGGCUGGAUUUGUACAGCCUAGCAGUAACUAAAAUGGAGUAAAAAAAAAAUGGUAAUGUUGGCAGUUUGGUGAAAUCUUUGCAAGUAUAAAAUAUACUGCUGUGGUGGACAAGGCUAGUGCCGAGUCACAGGGCCAGUUCACCCGAGAUUUACAUAAAGAAGACUUUCUAGACCUGAAAGGUCAGUCGGCAACAAUUAGGCGCUGCGCACCAACAAGAAAAUGUCUAGAUGUCAGAUUUUAAACAAGGGCAUUAUAGCCUUUUUUAUGUUUUCAAAAAAAAAAGCUAAAGGGAAUUUAAGUAGCAUGUAUAUGUAGCCAGUUUCAAUAGUAGCAUGGAGAGAAAAAAAUAAAACAGAAUAAGAGAUGUAAGCACUUUAAAUAACACAGACACUAACAUUUUUGUUCAAAGUUGACACUGGUCCUGUAGAGAAAGGUUCCUCUGAUUAUACCUUACACUCUAAAAACUGCUGGUUUAUGAAUAACACUGUGGGGUUGAAUCAUUGGUUUCACGCAGCAUAUAGAGUUAGGUUUUGACCCCCAAAAUAAGUUAAAGUGGCUAAUGUCUAACACUAAUGCUGAAGAGAUAAUAGAGAAAAUACAACUAAACAAAGUAAUAUUUGAAUAAGAUGUAUUAUUUGUAUCUAUAUAUGUCAUAGCCAUUUAUUAUAACCAUCCCGUUUACUUUUUCGAUGUAGUAAAUUUCAUAAAUAUUGAAAACGUUAGGGCACUGAUAGCAACAUACCAACUAAUGAGACAUUACGAACAGUUAAAUUUCAUUCUCAGAAUAUAACACCAUAUACAAUAUUGAUUUGAUCAAAGCAUGAACGUUGAAUAUAUCUAGCAUUAGGUUGCUGUACCUGGUAAAAGUAGCUAUUGGGUACUGAGCAAAAGGCUAAUGUUACUGUUAGAUUAAGUGAACAAACUUGUGUUCUCGUGUGAAUUAAAGUCAUAGCAAACCCCACUGACAUUAACAUCGUUAAUUAAUUGUUAUUUUGCACAAAAAAGUCCAAAAUUACAAACCUAUGAGGAUUCAUUCUUCUUUUUAACUCUAAAUUUUUGACCCAGUUUUUGAUUAAUCUUCUUUCCCUAAAGUAUGAACCCAGCAGUUGUUUGAGUGUAACUAUAUCAUAGCAUAUGGCCUGACAGGUGGUGCUCAUGCUCUCCUUUGAUGUCCUCAGAAAUUCUGACUGGUGAUGAUGGAGGACAGCGUGAACACGAAGGACAGCCCCAAGUAAUGAGGCUUAGUAAGGAAACCGGGGCGAUAUGAGAGAAGGGAGAGAGACCUCUUAGCAUUACAUGUAGCUUUCCAUGAAGGGUCAGCAGGGUCUUAAAUAUCUUUAAUAUUUUAGAAGAUUGUUUCAGAUGCAGCUCUUUGAAGAGGAUCCAGUUUGGUUAGAAGUCAAAACCAUGUGAUGAUCUGUGUUUCCGAGCUAUUAACAGAAACAAGCAUUACAGCCUAUUUAAACUGACAUCGGAAAAGUAUCGGGGGAGGUUUGAGGCUGCUUAGCGUCUUCACUCACAUAGCAGCAAUAAGUAGCUUCCAUCAGAAUCAUAAUUACAGCUGAAAGACUAUUAGCUCCGCGAGAGUUGCAGCUGACUCAACACGAAGGCAAAGCAGAUUACACUCAGACACUUUGAGGUGCACUUCAUCAAUUCCUUGAUAACGCUUGUAAUGAAUCAGCCAAUUAUAUUUAGGCCCUAAACGCUGUGAGAACAACCUAUUAAAGUUCAAACUGGAGUUAGAAUGGGAAAGGAAAGGGGAUUGAAAAUGCCGUUGUUGUUAGUUUCAGACUUGAUGGUAAGAGUAUUUUAGAAACCGCUGAUCUACUGCCAUUAUCACAAACAUCUAUCAGGUUUACAGAGAAUUGUCUAAAGGGGGCUGUAGUUGUGUCAGCAAAAACGCCUUGUUGAUGCCAGGCAUUGGAGGAGAGUAAGUAUUAUUAUUGAGAAGAUUAAAAAAAAGUCACAGUAGUUCAAAUAACCCAACAUUACAACCAGUGAUUGACUGAAUACAAGUUCUCCCCUUUAUGGCCACAGUGAACCCAUCUUCUCAUGGCUACUUCUAGCAGGAUAAUAAACUAUGUCACAAAACUCAAUUCAUUCAAAAUUGGUUUCUUGGAAUAACGUUGCAUUCACUGUACUUCAGAGGCCUCUUCAGUCACCAGAUUUCCAUCCAUUAGAAUGCCUUUGGAUGAGAACAUUCAGGGAUGUGGCGCAACUUUGGAAGCUACCAUUACAUCAUAUCAUGUUUAAUCUGUCAGAUUUAAAAUGCGUGGAGGUCAAACCCUGCACUGACAAAGCGAACUUGAUAAAGUUGCUGGUGAGUGUAAGAGUGAUUGUACUAGAUGUCUAAAGCAAUCAAACAGCAGGGAGGUUUUUACUGUAUGAUAACCUGAGGAGCGAGAUGACAGGUAAUAAACAUAAGAAUUGACGGUCGGAGCCCCUGUAGCUCUCAUAUAGCAGGUGAGUUGCUGGGUAACGAUUGAUCAGUACUAACUACCUGACAUACACCAUACAUGCCCUUUAAGCAGUCAGGCUGAUGUUUUUAAACUCUCUCGAUUUAAAAAAAGAGACUUAUGCAGUCUACUAAACAUGCUUGUUUCAUGUGACAAAAUUUCUUACUCAUUUACUGUUUGCUAAUACUAUUGUAAUGCUGUAGAAAUAUUUAGCUGUAUCAACUGCACUGUUAUGAGAAUGCCCAUUAUAGCACAGGAGGGCUAAAAUGUGCAACAUUAUACCCUUGACCGCUCAUUGGCUUUACUCAGUAACAUGGAGUACUUGAGUUUGUUUGUUACACUAUAAAUUAGGAAGUCUACAACAAUCACGCCAUCUGCUUAUUGUUUUUGUCUGCAUGUAAAUCCAAAAGGCUUAAAUAUAGACUUUUUUUCUUUAUCAUAACCUACAAGACAUUCCAAUGACCUGCUAUUGAGACAGCAUAAAACAGUGAAAAGCAACAUGUGAUAAUGUUAAUCUGAGGAUGUCAAGGUCAAAAAAAUAAUAAUUGGCAAAGUAAGAAAACUAAAAUUCAGCAUAAAAUGUAAAUCUCGUUCAUUUGGAUCCAAAAUACCUCCCUGAACUAAUCUCCUCGGACUCUAUCUUUGUAAUGCCUUGACAUGCAGAUAAGCAUGCCCUUAAACAAAAAAAAAACAUGCUUGUAGCUGUAGUUUCAUAAAAAGAGGAACCUUUUGAACUUGAAAUACUAUGAAAGUAACCACAAAACUGUAGAAAAAAAUGUCAUUUCAUCACACAAUAUACAAUACAUUACACCUCAUUCCCAUCCAAAGAUCCAAGUCAGUGUUCAGACAUUUUUUUCAUAUUUUUUUCUAUUGUUGAGCUUAAAUUUGAAUAGCCUCGGAGUAUAAAACUCUCUGAGACAAAACAUGUCUUUCUUCUCCAACUGUACAGUGCAACAAUCAAAGAGACUUGAAGCAAUCAAAGCUGUGAUCAAAAUGUGGGUUUCCAUUUGCAAGAUUUUCCAAAUAUGUGUUUUUUUUAGUCACACAUACAGUAUGUAUGCAUAGAUUGAAGUCUGCCUAUGUUUGGAGCUCUGCUUGUGCAAGUCCUCAGAAAUUCAAACGUGUGGAUCAGUGUUUUGAAGAAGCAGUAGGAACGAACAGACCGGAUUUGCACUUACUAAGUGCUGUGAAAGAUAUUCGUCCCCUUGGAGAUUUAUUAUGCUUUUUGUCACACUUAAACUUUUCAUGCCACUUUUACUAGCUAGAGAUGGCCAGUGCAAUUACAAAAACAUUUGCAAAUACAAUGCAAAUGUUUUUUUAAGGAGAUGUGGGGUUCGUUCUGAUAUGCUCCCCUCAGUGGAGCCAUCUUGGCAUUAAGCAGAAUAAACGGGCAGAAAUUACCUCCAGAAUACAACUAGUUGACAAUGUAAAAGUUCAGUUAAAGAACAGUUUUAAUUCUAUAUUUAGUGUGCAAAAAUCUUUCUAAAUUUUUUUAAAAAUCCAAGACUUGUGUAUGUUUUUAAUGAACAAUAACAAUUAAGUUUGAAGAAUAAUUUCAAUAUUUUAGCUUUUUAAAUUCAAUAUUGUAUGUAACCAUUGACAUUUUAAAGAGCAGAUUCAUGUUUUUCUUUUAGAAAACUAGUUUGAAGCCACUUGAUUUUCUGCUCUACUUAUAUCUACCUCCAUAAGUCUGAGAAUUGUCUAAUCCAUGUUGAAUCAUUUCACAACCAUGUAGAGUUAAACACCCAUUUGAUAAAUAACUAAAGGAAAUAAAUGUUAUUUAUCUGUAAUGUCAAAUGAGCCUGGAAAAAAUUAAAUAGAGCAGACAGAUUUGCAAAAUGAUUAAUUCUGUGUACAUAUAUGAAAAAAUAUCUUUUGAGUUUCAUACAGCAUUUUUUCCCCCAGAGCAUGAGAGCUAAGCAUACUGAGUAAGAUAAUCAGAUAAUGUAUAAUUUUAAUGUUUAAAGACAAUUUCUGAGAAAUUGCUAGAUGCACAUAUUUUUUAAAGUAGGAAAUUAAAAUAGGGAAAUUUGUAAGUCAUUGUUUAAGACCUCCACCAUAAAAAGUUAGCUUACUAGCACUUACAUUUACAUUUGUUUUAUCUCCAUCUAAGCAGGUCAGCCAUGUGAUCAAAAUAGGUGAAGUCCACAACACUGCUCGUCAUUUUGGUGCAGCUCAAUUUUCUGGUAAAAUAACUUCAUCCAGGCAGUAUUUUCUGCAUCAAAAGUUGUUUGCUUAAUGUAACUAUUAAAUAGUUAUAUUAUUUUGAUGUUCAAAAUCAAGAAAUAUGCAAAAACAAACAACAAAAAACACUUGGAAAAAGAGAACAUUUGAACAUCACUCUGUGUUACAACUUCUGUGGCAAAUUGAUGCAGCACAGCAUCCUCUGCAAAACUAAGACUGAAGCUAGAAGUUUCUAGCGAGUAAUGGCAUUACAUUAAGAACACCUGACCCAGCCAUAUGUGCAUAACACAAUGGCCAGCCAAUACCAAAGUAGAAACAGAAAAAUUUCCAGGCAUAGAUUUAUUUGGCAAUUUGUCCAGUGAAGUAGAGAAAGUCUGGUACAAAUGUGGUCUGACAGCAGCAGCUUGGAGACAUAGCAAACCGGCACCCCUCAAAGCUCUCAUUGCCUGUAAUUUUACCACAGUGGUGUAAAUAUAGCUAUAGCUGCUUGUGACAAAAUUUGUGUUUUCAAAAAUUUAAAUUCUAUUAUGAUUUGGCCAGGUGUAAUUUUUGCUCUGGUUCUGACCAGCAUUGUGGUGGACUGUCUCAGUCCGUACUGACUUUGGAUCUGACCAGCAAAAGGAAGAAUCGGGAUAACAAUAGUGUCACCAAAGCACAAUAAAUACGAAAACUACGUGGCGUUUGUGUAAAACAUAGUGCAAGUGAAUGGAACCAUCUGAAAGUCUCACUUUUCUACACAUUACUUUAUCACUAUGACAGGCUAUUAUCUGCCAGGCCCCUCUAGGUUUGUCUACAGUUACUUUCCCUAAGCACAUUGUUUGGGUCUAAAAGUCAGCCUUCAUGUAAAAAGGCUGUAAGUUUAGUGAUUAAAAGUCAAACCUGUUAUUCUUUUGGCUCAGAUACAGAAAAAGAUUGUUGCUAUGGUGAGUAAAACCCUGCAGGAAAGUUUAGAGAGUUUGACUGAUUAAAUUUAACUGAAUCAGCUGACAUCAGUGAAUGCUUUGUCCUGCCAAAGGCCAAAUGAAAGUGAAAACUGAGUAAAACAACAAAGUACUCCUGCAGAGAUUUUUUUUUAAGUUCACAAAUAACACAAUUAUAUGGCUGCAUACUUCACUAUGGCAAUUUAUAGUACCUGUAUAAACUCGGUUGUGUUUGUGUCGGUCAGCGUUUUAAUCCUGGGGUGAAAAGUGUUUUGAACAGAGAGGUUGUUUUUGUUUUUGUUGAUGAGGAGAAAUUCACCUGUGCUUACUUUCACCUGCUUUUCCAAUAAAUAGGUAAGCAAGCUUGGAUUUCGCAUACAGCACAUAAUUGCUCAUACCUGGUAGUUGACCUUUUGGUUUACAAAGUCAUGUUUCUAAAAGAUAUUUUGUGUCAAAGGGGUGGAUUUUAAAAAGAGUUGUCUUUUUUUGGAAAAUAACAGAAAUGAAAACGAGGAUUCAGUUACACUCAAUACUUUCAAAACUAUGCUAAAUAGGAUGAUAUAGGACCUUUAAAUAUAACUUUUCAAUAAUGAUUUGUCCUCAAUGCAUUUUUUUAGCUUAUUAGUUCUUUUUGUCUUUUUAAAACUUUAAAAUACAAAAAACAACAACAUCAUUUGGUCCCUUUUCCACCUUAUGAAACAUGAAAAUUGUUAUUUAAUUUGUUUUGGCAUUUAUGACUACCCUUCUUAGCAAUUUUACCUGUUUUUUACUUGUCUGUCUUUCUUUUUUCAAUGUUAGUCAUCCUAAUUCUCCAUGAUGGAAUUAUUGACUUGAUUUAAAUUGAGGUUUUUUUUAAAGAAAAAGAACAGAGUCUCUAAUCAGAGCCACACUUCUUAAUUUUGAUCAAGGUAUGAGUGUUUUCUUUGAAAUAUUGUUGCAACCGGAUUUACUUCUGCAAACCAAAGAAAUACUUUUGAGCUUUGCAGUUUUUGGUGAUUUGCACAAAAUGAGCCCUAAACUAAUUUUCUUAUUUUUUUUCUUUACAUUGUUAUGUAGAAUCUUGUGAUGUUGGGAUAUGUAUACAUUAUAUACACAUUUUGUUGUUAUAUGUAAACGCAGAUUAAACUGAAUGAAAAACUGUCAGCAGUUAUCUAAUAGACCACUGCUUAUAGUGUUAAUAUGUUAAAUUGAUUUAUUCUUUCACUCCCAUGUUAGUGGACUUUGGUAGCACGACAGUUUAACUCACCAACUCUUCACAGACUGAAGGCAACCAAAAAAAAAAUUAAUAAAACACUCCAUUUUUCUUCAGCUUGUUGCUUCUGCUAAGUUAAACGGGGUCUUCUCUCCUGUGCCAUAACAUUUUCACAUGUACAUGUAUCUAGAAACUGCUUUAAGGCUUUCCACGUUUGUCUCAAGCAAAACCAAAACAAUUUUCUUCCACCAUCUUAUUUUAUCUGUAAAAUAAGACAAGGCUGGUAUGGUUUUUUCUGCAAUUGCAGUCGCUUCACUGACUCAGUUCUUUAUCUUUUCUCUCUAGUAUCUUGCACUUGACUCAUGUAGCAAUACCUACAGGAUGGGGGAAAUUGUGUGAUUCACCAGUAUUUAAGGAAAAUAUAACUUUUUAUUUCUUGCUAUUGUUUGACUUUGUAUAAAAAUAUAUACUGUACAGAUUUAAAAGUAUAUUAUGACAAAGGAAAAAAAAACUUUUAGAAAUAAUAUUUAUUUUUACUGUUUUGUAAUUUAGACACAAUACUGUAGCUCCUCUAUUGCCAGACUUACUGGAAGUGCCUCUCAAUAAUGUAUUACAAAGUAACUAUACAAUAUAUUGGGAUUAUUAGAACCUGUCACUAGCAAGGCAUUGUUGAUGUUGUAUUGUGACUAUUGUUCAAUAAUAAGAUUUAUAAAUGCUG